CGAUUCGAAGUGAUUUGUAUCUGCAAAAUGCAAACCUGCUUCACCAUCCUCCUCUCUAUCUCCAUAGCUUUCCUCCUCAAAGCUUUUAUUAAUCUUCUCUUUCCCCGCAAACAUCUCCCUCCUGGCCCUCCGACCCUCCCCAUUAUUGGAAACUUACUAUGGCUUCGCAGAUCAACUUCUGAAAUCGAAGCCAUCCUUCGUAAUCUCCGCAAGAAAUUUGGCCCCAUUGUUACUCUCCACUUUGGCUCUCGCCCGGUUAUUUUUGUAACCGAUCGCUCCCUUGCAUAUAAGGCUUUAGUCCAAAAUGGAGCUGUCUUUUCUGAUCGUCCACCAGCUCCUCCCACAACCAAAUUCUUUAGCAGCAACCAACACAACAUCACUUCCUCUUCUUAUGGCCCUACAUGGCGGCUCCUACGCCGAAAUCUCAACGCAGAAAUUCUCCACCCUUCACGGGUGAGAAACUAUACGCGUGCGCGUAAGUGGGUUCUUCACAUCCUUUUGGAUCGUCUCAAGUCAGAGUCCAAAAAUGGUGAUCCAGUUCGUGUGAUGGAUCAUUUUCAAUACGCCAUGUUUUGCUUAUUAGUCUAUAUGUGUUUCGGAGAACAGGUUACUGAAAGCCAAAUAAAACAAGUUGAGGACGUCCAGCGUCGCCUGUUGUUAGGAUUUAACCGAUUUAAUAUACUAAAUUUCUGGCCGAGAUUGACAAAGAUUGUGCUUCGCAAAAGGUGGAUGGAGCUGCUUCAGUUGCGGCAAUAUCAAAAAGAAGUGUUGGUCCCAUUGAUAAGAGCCAGAAAGAAGGUAAAAGAAGAGAGUUUGACAAAAUGUGAAGAGGAUAAGCAUGUUUUAGCUUAUGUUGAUACUUUAUUAGAUCUGGAGCUUCCAGAAGAGAAGAGGAAGCUCAAUGAAUCUGAAAUUGUUUCUUUGUCAGCGGAAUUUCUAAACGCUGGCACAGACACUACAUCCACGGCACUACAGUGGAUAAUGGCGAAUUUGGUGAAGUACCCACAUAUUCAAGAGAAGAUAUUCAUGGAGAUUAGAGGAGUUGUGGCAGAAGCAGAGAAUGAAGUGAAAGAAGAUGAUUUGCAAAAGAUGCUUUACUUGAAGGCAGUGAUAUUUGAGGGCUUAAGAAGACAUCCUCCAGCGCAUUUUGUGUUGCCACACGCAGUAAGUGAAGAGAUAGAGAUGAAUGGACAUGUGAUACCAAAGGAUGUGACCAUCAAUUUCACGGUGGCUGAAAUGGGUUGGGACCCAAACGUUUGGGAGGAUCCAAUGGCAUUCAAGCCAGAGAGAUUUGAGGGUGGUGAUUUUGAUAUAACAGGAAGUAGGGAGAUUAAGAUGAUGCCAUUUGGGGUUGGAAGAAGGAUCUGUCCAGGGCUUGGUUUGGCAAUUCUUCAUUUAGAGUAUUUUGUGGCAAAUUUAGUUUGGAAAUUUGAGUGGAAAGCUGUGGAUGGAGAUGAGGUUGAUUUAUCAGAGAAGCAGGAGUUCACAACGGUUAUGAAGAAUCCAGUGAAGGCUCAUAUUUGUGAGAGGACUAGAUAAUUUACUCUUGUACUUGUACUAUUAAGGAAGAUGUUACUGUUAGAUAAAUGCCUGUCCUCCUAUUGAUAAAAUCUGAAAAUUUGGCAUCCUAAUAAUAGAUAAUAAAUUAAUAUCCCUCUCAA